UCCAUUUUAUAUUAUCGUUUAUCGUUAUCGCGGCACAAUUAUAGGGGCAAUACCAUUGUAAUAUGAGUUCCUAGACAAAUAGUUGCAGUAAUUGGUUACUGAUUGCUCAAGUAUGUUGUUUAGAUAAGUGCCAGACACUCGAAUUAUCUUAUUCUACAAUGUGAAUUCAUCAAUAGCAACGCUAGGCCCUUCAGACGGGUUGGGACUCUGGAAAUACAAUAAAACUGAAAAACUGGAAUUUGGUCUACUAAAAUUUCCCUGCUGGAAUCAAGUCUUCUAGAAUCAUGACAGAAAACCGCUUUAGAUACAGUAAACGGAUUUUACACACAGGCCCCUCAAGACAGGUGGUAGGUCGGACUUUUGUGACCACUUUGGCAAUAGGAAUAGUUUUCGGUUUUACGUUUGCCUAUGUCUUGCUAUCAACGGCCACCUAUCAUAUUGGCAAUAUGGGUUUCUACUCGCAAAGAAGUGAGGAGAAACGACAUCACCAUCACGAUCCUCACUCGGCCAGCGACGCGGAGGAUGAGGAGGGAGAUGAAGAGGGUGUGGGAGGAGGAGGGGUGUACGGAGACGUGGGUGCUCAUUCCGAUGACGAGGAGUUCCAUAAAGGAGUGGACGACAGCGUUGCCAGGUCGUUGUUUGAGCGUGUUCGGGUCGUCUGCUGGGUGAUGACGUCACCGAAAAACCACCAGAAAAAGGCUCGACACGUGAAGGCCACGUGGGGCAAACGAUGUAACACACUGCUGUUCAUGAGCUCUGAAAAUGAUACUUCACUGCCAUCUAUAGCUCUCCCAGUGGAGGAAGGCCGUGAAAAUUUGUGGGCUAAAACUAAGGAGGCCUUCAAGUAUGUCUACAAGCACCACCUGGAAACAGCUGAUUGGGUUCUCAAGGCCGACGAUGAUACGUAUGUAAUUGUGGAAAAUCUAAGAUUUAUGUUAGCUGAGCAUAAUGCCUCGGAGCCUAUGUACUUUGGCUGUCGAUUCAGGCCCUAUGUGAAACAGGGAUAUAUGAGUGGUGGAGCAGGUUAUGUACUGAGUAGAGAAGCUGUGCGGAGAUUGGUCGAGGAUGGACUCACGAAUCCGAAAAAAUGUCGAAAAGAUGCUGGUGGUGCCGAGGACGUUGAAAUUGGCAAGUGUUUAGAGAGAGUGAAAGUGCUUGCAAUGGACUCUAGAGACUCGAUGGCGAGGGGACGAUUCUUCCCGUUCAUUCCCGAACACCAUCUGAUCCCUGGCCACUCGGAUCCCGACUUCUGGUACUGGAAAUACAUCUACUAUCCCAGUCCUGAGGGUUUGGAGUGCUGUUCAGAUCAUGCCAUAUCGUUUCACUAUGUCUCACCCAAUAUGAUGUAUGUCAUGGAGUAUCUCAUUUACCAUUUGCGACCCUAUGGUAUCACACACACCUACCAGAAUCCGCGAACAACGCCGCCAUAUUUGAUUUCAAACAACAACAGCAACAUUUCUGCAACAUCAGCUGAUUCACAACAACAGCCGAAUGGCCGGUAGCUGGAUGACAACAAUUUGGGAAACCAGCUGUUUCCCAAGGACAAACAGAGGACAACAUAUUGAAAAAUAAUCAUUUUCUCAAGGUCAAAUAGAGGUGGAAACUAAUUUGAAGAAUCAGCUGUUUCUCAAGGUCAAAAAGAUGACAACUUCUCAAGUUCAAAUAGAAGGUGGAAAUGUAUUUGAAGAAUCAGCUGUUUCCCAAGGUUGAAUAAUGAUUUUGGAGGUUAUGUGCGCAGUGAAUGAAGACCAGCUGUGGUUCAAGGACAAUGUGAAAAGGUGGGUUAUUGGAAGAUUUAUUACUACAUCAAUUUUGAGGUUAUGUAUUGGUCAAGUUUAUGAAUGUUAUUGUUGAAGAUUUCCAGAUGCUUCAUUGUGGUUGACAGUUUUUGGAGGUUAUUUAGAGGUUAAGAGUCAAGUUCAAGGUCAUUUGAAGAUUCCCAGAUCAGCGGUUUUUUGAAACAUGUGUGUUUGGAACAGCUGUUUCAUGUGGAAGACAGUCUUUGUAGGUUAUUUAGAGUUUAAGAGUCAAGGUCAAUACCAUUUGAAGAUUCCCAGAUCAGCUGUUUUUUGGAACAUGGGUGUUUGGAACAGCUGUUUCAUGUGGAAGACAAAUUUUGUAGGUUAAUUAGAGGUUGAGAGUCAAGUUCAAUACCAUUUGAAGAUUCCCAGAUCAGCUGUUUUUUGGAACAUGGGUGUUUGGAACAGCUGUUUCAUGUGGAAGACAAAUUUUGUAGGUUAAUUAGAGGUUGAGAGUCAAGUUCAAUACCAUUUGAAGAUUCCCAGAUCAGCGGCUUUUUGGAACAUGGGUAUUUGGAACAGCUGUUUCAUGUAGAAGACCUUAGACCAGUUAUAGAAAAGACACGCUGGGAAGUCUAGCCUCUAAAGCCAACAUCUACUGCCAUAUCGCCUCAUCGUGAUGUCAUAAUCGGAUUGAAAACUUUCAGAUUGUAUCAUAUUUCAGAAGGAUGUAAAUUAUUAUUCAUUAAAAUGGUGAACUUCCACUGAAAUAGACUCAAUCUGCUAUGGAAAACAAUGUAAACAAACUCUACAGAAAAGUUUUCUAUCUGAUGCUGACGUCACGAUUUGGAGAUAUGGCAGUAGAUGUUGGCUUCAUCGACUUUCAGUAUGAAUAUACAAUAGACCGUGUCUAUUCUAUAACUGGUCUAAGUAGAAGACAGUCUUUGUAGGUUAUUUGGAGUUGAAGAGUCAAGGUCUAUACUAUUUGAAGAUUCCCAGAUCAGCUGUUUUUUGGAAAAUGUGUGUUUAAAGUUUAUAUAAGAGUCAGGAGCCCAAGUUUAUUUCAGUGUGGGGUUAUUCUUGGAUCAUAUCUGUGUUGUGUGUUCUAGUGUUGUUCUUUUUCUUUUUUGGUGGAUUGUUUUUUUAAUUAUGUAGAGGGGUCAAACCAAGGUCAUAGAUUAUGUUCUAAAGAAGACGUUAUUCUGCUUUUUGAAGAUUGAUUUAAAUGAAGACAGAGGAAGACAGCCUAUGUGAAGUAGUAAAGGAAGAAGAAGAAGAUGAUGAUGAUGAUGAUGAUCACGAAGAAGAGAAGAGGAGAAGAUGCAGACUUUUUUGAAGAUUGAUUUAUAAAGAAGAAGAAGAAGAAAAUGAAAAUGUAGAAGAAGAUGAAAGGAAAAGAUAGGGAAGAAAAAGAAGACAACAAAAAAGUAGAAGAAAAGAAGGAAAAGAAGAAAUCUUCAAAAUGCAAUACAUUCUGACUGACCAAUCUUAUAACCAUAGAUUAAUUCGUUGCUAUUUAAUUUCUAGAUUGUUAUAACGUUUCCAGCUACCCAAAGACAUUGAUCAUUUCAAACUGAUCAAAUAAUGAAUUGUCUGACGAUUUUUUUAUUAUAAAAUUGAUGCUAAUCCAAAGAAUAUUUGUAGUAGUCUCAAGGCCGGGUUUCUAGGACACUGAUUGAAUCUAAUGAUCAUUAAAUCUACUGGUAGAGUUUUUUCAAGUAAUAAAAACAUUUAGUGUGACAGAAGACCACCUGUUAUCCAAGGCUUCAACUUUCUGCUUUCUGAACAUAAUUUGUUGUAUUUGUCUCCAAUAUUUCCAAUGUAAUGCAAUUUAAAUUGGUAGGAGCGGUAUCUACAUCGGUUGAUUCUGAUACUCUUUCGUUUCGUUUUUAAGGGAAUCUGUUAUAUUUGGCCAGUUCAUUUUCUUAUAGCAGUUUUGAUCUGAGUUGUUAGUUUUUGAAUCGCUUGAAUUGAUAUUGAGGCAUGUGAGGUAUUAUGAUGUCUGUAUUCAGUAUCGAAGAGUAAGCAAAGCAGUUUUUUGGAAGUGAGAUGGAAAAAUGAACUAUACAGGUUGUGGGACGAGUUGCUUUUCAAUGCAUGCUAAAAACCCAUUUUCAUAUAAAGGUGCGUACAGAUAUACGCGCCGCGAACAUGAGCAAUUCACUUUUAAUCAGCUGAUUGGGCCUUUAUCUUUAUUUUUACAGAAACGGUAAGAUACAGUUAUAGAAAGCUUGGCAUUAGCUGAUUAAAAGUGAAUUGCUCAUGUUCGCGCCGCGUAAAUCUGUACGCACCUUAAGAUAUCCAGGUAACGCUCUUCUUGUAAAUUGGGGUUUAGAAUUAUUUAUUCAUCAUUUUCGUGUUGUGCCCUCGACCAGAGACAUUAUUGAUCUGAAAUCUGAAACAAAUUUUACUAUCGUCAAUCUAAAUCUUAUCGU